CUCACCGUCUGCGAACAAUUCCGCCGCGAGCUGGGGAUGCUGCUACUCCGGCCAGCGCUCCGCGGUGCCCUGCUGGCCCGCCCCUGGAGGGAACCCGGGCUGUGGUGGAAGCACACGGCCUCCCUGAAGGUGGCCAAUGAGCCGGUCUUAGCAUUCACGCAGGGCAGCCCCGAGCGAGAUGCGCUGCAGAAGGCCUUGAAGGACCUGAAGGGCCGGACGGAAGCCGUUCCAUGUGUGGUGGGGGAUGAAGAGGUGUGGACGUCAGACGUGCAGUAUCAGGUGUCGCCCUUCAACCAUGGACACAAGGUGGCCAAGUUCUGCUAUGCAGACAAGGCCCUACUCAACAAAGCCAUCGAGGCCGCGUUAGCCGCCAGGAAAGAGUGGGACCUGAAGCCUGUUGCAGACCGGGCCCAGAUCUUCCUGAAGGCGGCGGACAUGCUGAGCGGGCCACGCAGGGCAGAGGUCCUUGCCAAGACCAUGGUGGGACAGGGUAAGACGGUGAUCCAGGCGGAGAUCGACGCGGCGGCUGAGCUCAUCGACUUCUUCCGGUUCAAUGCCAAGUUUGCCGUGGAGCUAGAGGGGCAGCAGCCCCUCAGCGUGCCGCCGAGCACCAACAGCGUCGUGUACCGGGGACUGGAGGGCUUCGUGGCGGCCAUCUCCCCCUUUAACUUCACGGCGAUCGGCGGCAACCUGGCGGGGGCGCCGGCCUUGAUGGGCAACGUGGUCCUGUGGAAGCCCAGCGACACGGCCGUGCUGGCCAGCUAUGCUGUCUACCGCAUCCUCCGGGAGGCGGGCCUGCCCCCCAACAUCAUCCAGUUUGUGCCAGCCGAUGGGCCCACAUUUGGCGACACUGUCACCAGCUCGGAACACCUCUGUGGUAUCAACUUCACAGGCAGCGUGCCCACCUUCAAACACCUGUGGAAGCAGGUGGCCCAGAACCUGGACCGGUUCCGCACCUUCCCACGCCUGGCCGGAGAGUGUGGGGGGAAGAACUUCCACUUCGUGCACCGCUCGGCCGACGUGGACAGCGUGGUGAGCGGGACCCUGCGCUCGGCCUUCGAGUACGGCGGCCAGAAGUGCUCAGCCUGCUCCCGCCUGUACGUGCCGCGGUCGCUGUGGCCGCAGAUCAAAGGGCGGCUGCUGCAGGAGCAUGGCAGGAUCAAAGUGGGCGACCCAGCAGAGGAUUUUGGGACCUUCUUCUCCGCCGUGAUUGAUGCCAAGUCGUUCGGUCGCAUCAAGAAGUGGCUGGAGCAUGCCCGCUCCUCACCCAGCCUCACCAUCCUGGCCGGGGGCAAGUGUGACGACUCUGUGGGCUACUUCGUGGAGCCCUGCAUCGUCGAGAGCAAGGACCCUCAGGAGCCUAUCAUGAAGGAGGAGAUCUUCGGGCCCGUGCUGACCGUCUAUGUCUACCCGGAUGACAAGUACGAGGAGACGCUGUGGCUGGUCGACAGCACCACCAGCUACGGCCUCACGGGGGCAGUGUUCGCCCAGGAUAAGGAUGUUGUCCAGGAGGCCACAAGGAUGCUGAGGAACACGGCCGGCAACUUCUACGUCAACGACAAGUCCACUGGCUCCGUGGUGGGCCAGCAGCCCUUUGGGGGGGCCCGAGCCUCUGGAACCAACGACAAGCCAGGGGGGCCCCACUACAUCCUGCGGUGGACGUCGCCCCAGGUCAUCAAGGAGACCCACGAGCCUCUGGGGGAUUGGCGCUACGCCUACAUGCAGUGAGCCCCGCUCGGCGCCUCUGCUGUCUGUCCGGACGGCUGACCUCAGCGCCCUGGUCCCGCUCCAGCCCCUUUGACCUGCUCCCCGUGGGACGGCCCCCUCUCCAGGGCCGAGACUGCCCGCUUUCCCUGACUGGGCUACAUCCUGGCCUGUCCCACCCCUCGGGGGCAGGUACGGGCUCUGAUUUGAGACCAUGCUGGGGAGGAACAGGGCUGCCACCCCUUUAUCGUGGCUGUCCUAGAGAUUUCUAUCUGGCAGGUUCCCCGCCUGUCUUCUUCUUCUGCGCUGUGGCCCAGUGGCUUAGGGACCUGGGGAAUGGCAAUAGAGUGCCUGGCUUAGGGACCUGGGGAAUGGCAAUAGAGUGCCUGACUUUGGGACCUGGGGAAUGGCAAUAGAGUGCCUCCCAGGAUCCCUUACAGGACAGGGAAGCAGCUCUGGGCCCCUUGGCGAACCUGAGCAUCCACAGAGUCUCCUGGCCUUGGCCUUGGCUCCUCCAGGGCUCCAGGAUGAGGUGUGACCUGGGGUGGCUGAGGGGCAUGGGGGCACCAGCUGGCCUGGCCUUCUUUGGUCUGGGCUGCCCACCUUCCUCACCAGCGGUUGGCCCACGCCCACCUGGGCCAGCAGGUACCUGGGCCUGACCAUAUGCCUUAGACACUCGUGCGCCUUUCCCCAGGGCACCUGUGUUCUCCUGAGGCCCACGUGAUUCCUGGCAGUCUUCGUGUGGUGGGCUUGGGGGGCCUGCUACCUGCCGAGGUGCAGGAUUUGGUUGGCCUUCCCGUUUGGGCUGUGGUUUUGGAAAACCCUGGGUGGGCCUUCGUGCCAUCUAUCUCAGCUUGCCGUCAGCUCACACCUCCCCGCCUGUGUUGGCCCAGGCUUUCCUGCAGGGGCUCGGCCCUCACAGGCUGUGGUAGAACAGGCCCGGGGAGACUGCUCCCACCUUCUCCCAGCCCCGAGAGCUGGCCUUGGGUUCCCGUCUGGCCUGGGCUGAGGAUGGCCCGUAGAACCUUCCCUCCUUUGCACAGAGGUGGCUCUGUGUGGACUGGCCCCUAGGCGGCCCGUUCUUCGACGCAGCCAGCUGGUGGACACUCAGAAACCCCUGCGAAUUGGACUGCAGGGGGCUGAGGAUCGAUAAGGGGUGACGUUGGAGGACAGUUUUUACGGGGCCCCAAGAGUCCUGGCCCUUCGUCAAGGACAACUGGCAGGGGUCCCCGUGGGGCUGGCCGCCGAGCACCAUGGUUGCACACUGUGGCCCGCGACCCGGGGUCAGGCCGCCGGGGCAGAGCGUUAGUUCUGCCUGGAGAGGCCAGGGCAGUCGGCUGGGGAGAGGCGCUGGAGGUGGGCCUUGUUCUACUGGUGUGACACUGUGAGGUGGUGGUGUGAUUCGCUCUGCUGCCGUCCUAAUAAAUACUUGUUACUUAAUCAAAACGCUGGUCUUUCUGGUGGGGGUGGUGGGGGCUGGCCAGCUUCUUCAAACAAAGGCUGAUGUGUGGGACAUAUGUUGCUCAUACGUCCUUCACAUCAAGAGUGCACAGCCCGCGGUGUGUUGGAAGGAAGGGUGGACGCUGAUGUUGGGGAAUAUGGGCUGGAGGUAUGGGAAUUCGGGAGUCAGAUGGGUUCAGAUCCUGGCUCUCUGCCUUCAGAAAGUUGUGCAGCCUCCCUGAUCUUCUCUCUCUUUAUCUGUGAGAUGGGGACUAAUACACAAACACAUGCACGUGCACGCUGAUUGUCGUGAUGACUGAAUGAGUUCAUACAAUUGUUUAGAACAAUGCCAGGUACAGAAUUAAUGAUUCAACCUUGUUAACCACGUAUACAUUGCAACAGCCACUGUUACUGUGUUGUGAUGGUUACGUUGAUGUGAAAACUUAGCUGGGCUAACUUAGCUGGUGCCCAGGUAUUUAGUUAAACAUUCUGGAUGUUUCUUUGAAGGUGGUUUUUGGAUGAGAUUGACAUUUAAAUCAGUGGACUCCGAGUAAAACCCAUUGUCCUCCAUACUGUGGGUGGGCCUCAUCCAAUCAGUUGAAGGCCUCAAUCGAACAAAGACUGACCUCCUUCAAGCAAAAAGGGAUUCUGCCGAUGGACAGCCUUUGGACUUAGCUGUGACUCUUCCCUGGGUCUUCACAGCCUGCUGGCCUACUCUGCUGAUUCUGCACUUAACCAAGCCUAGAAGAUGGCACAAGCAGUGU